ACACCUCUUCACUGUGCCAUUAUAGACCUGAAGCUUGAAUUCUUUAAGUUGUUGUUGUCACAUGGAGCAGAUUUUACAAAACAAGAUAAUUCAGGACUGACCCCCAAGGCAGUGGCAGAGAACAUGGAGUUAGAUGAAUAUGUAGAAGAAAUGGAGGAGGAAAAGAAGAGAGAACAGAUAUUUGAUUCAGUUUUAAAAGCGUUUGCUGAUGCUUGUAAAGCUGAGGAUGUUUCUAGGAUGACUGAUAUUUUAAAAUGUAACUCCUCUCCAACAAUCCAUGUAAAACUAGUCAGCAACGCCGUGACAGAUGAUGGAUUAACUCCCCUUUGUUGGGCUUGUAAAUGUGGCAACAUCUCUAUGCUGCGACUCCUACUUCAGCACGAAGCAUCCAUCAUCUCGUGUACAUCUCAGGAUAUGGCUCCUAUCCAUCUGGCCUGUCAUUUUGAACACACUGAUUGUGUUCAACUUCUUCUGCAGCAUUGCCCAGACAUUGUGCAGAGGAAAAUGGCUAAUGACAGCUUGGCCCUCCACGUAGCAGUAGAGACAGAGAGUCUGUCACUGGUCACACUGUUACUAAAUUACGAUUACCCAGAGUAUGCUCUGGAGGACUUCAAGGAGGAAGGAUUGGGAAUCGGUUACAAGCUCCCAUUUGAUGUCAACACAAAAGAUUCAAUGGGAAGGAGUCCCUUGUUUUUGGCUGCGGAGAAAAACAAUCCUGAUAUUGUGAGGUUUUUACUAAAUUUCCAUGUCCCGUUUGAAAAGAAACAAAGGAGAUAUGAAGGUCGAAGCCGACUCACUAGUGAUGUAAGCUUUGAGCCUGAGUUAAGAAGAGAACAGUUUGGGAGUAGUUUAAACAGCAGUUCUUUUUCGUCCAAUGUCUAUCACCCCGUGGAUAUCAAUCUGCAGGGUCGUAAUGGAUUUACUCCUCUACACGUGGCAGUGAGUAACAGUUACUACGAAGUUACCGACAUCCUGCUGAAACACAAGGCUGAUGUCAACAUACUGGCUAACGAUAGCGGAAAACUCAUAUCUACCCUAAUGAUGGCCUGUAGGAGGGGAGACAGCAUUAUACUGGACAAACUGUUCAAGUAUGGUGCCGAUGACUUAGAUAAACAAGUCUUCACUUAUGCUGUGGAGAAGAGACCUAAAAUGGUGUUCACAUUACUUAAGUACAGAACUUGUAAAGAUGUGGAAAAUGAGUACAAAAUCAAUCGUAUGGAUAUGAGGAGUUUAUACAGGAAAAUGUCUGAAAUGGAAGAUACUUAUGAUGGACUGAACUCUCUGAACCUGGAUUUUAAGAAAAAGUUUCCUGUCCAUUCUGUCCAUGUUAAAUGGCAGGAUCUGCAGCACAUUGAGAUGGUUAAAGAAGAGAUGUUGAUUGAUAUCAGCUGUCACCACAACCCAGAGAUACAGACUACAUCUCUUAAUUACCCCUUUGCUCUAUUUGCAAUCACGAAGAUUGACAUCUCUGGAAAUAAAAUUGGUUCCGUUUUUCCUUCAGUAUUCUUUAAGUUGCCAUCUCUACAUUACCUGAAUUUGUCCAAAAACCAGAUCAAAACUUUUCCUGAUGUGACAAAUAUGGAUGACAUCUUUGUUUGUCUAGAAGAAUUAUUGCUGGAUAAAAACAAAAUUGAGGUAUUGCCAGACUACUUAUUUUCAGUGUCAACAUUAAGGUAUCUCUCAGUAGCUCACAAUAAUUUGAGAGAAUUUUCUUCAGAAUUGUGGGACAUGCAAUGUCUGGCUUAUCUAAACCUAUCUCACAAUCAAAUUGCCUCCCUACCCCAGCCCCGCCCCAAGCACUCCCGCCCCCCGUCAUCAGGAAAUCUGUCGUCAAUCACAAGUUCUUAUCAGGAGGAACAGGCUCCUCCGACCUUGGUCACGCCGACCAAGUCAAGCGUGGAGGAGAUUCAGGUCAAACAUGCCGUGACCUGGAUGUCAGGAAAAGUUGUUGUGAUGGACGGUGACUUUGACAGUAGCUCUGGCCUGUCAAACAGAGGAUUACAAGACCUGAAUCUGUCUAAAAAUAGACUGAGUGAGAUCCCCUUCUGGUUGUGUUGUACUUCUCCCUACAUGGAGAACCUUAAUCUGUCUGGCAAUAAGAUCCAGUACGUGGGGGGCUUAUUCCAGCUCCCGCAGUAUCUAAAGACGCUAGACCUCAGUGGAAAUAAUAUACUGGAUACAGUGCCCUGGCAAUGUGCAGAGGACAAAGACGGUCUGUGUUACAAUACAAGAAGUGCCCGGCCGACCGGCUCCCCCCACUCCUUUAACUCCUACACCAGCUUCACACAGCUACUGACCUGUGGUCAUCGCCAGCACCGGAUUCUGGAGCGACUGGACACGCUUAACCUUGGCUUUAACCGGAGACUAGAGAAAAUUGUCAUCACAAGAUCAACGGAGGACAGACAGGGAAGGAACAGUACUGCCAGUGUAAGUCAUGAGUACUAUCCAUGUAAGUCAAAAGUACUACAAGUGUAAG